AUGAGCUACAGCGCGGAGCCAGCGGCUCUGGCCGCCUCCUACCGCCACCUCUUCGCGGAGGCCCCGCGCCGCCCCGAGGUACCGCCGGCCCGGCGGGCGCGCCCGGGCGCGGAGCCGGGGGCGGUGCGGGAGCGCGGCGCGGAGCCGCGGCGCAGCGAGAAGGAGCAGCUGCAGGGCCUCAACGAGCGCUUCGCCGGCUACAUCGAGAGGGUGCGGGCGCUGGAGGAGCGGAACCGGGCGCUGGCGGCGGAGCUGGCGGCGCUGCGGCAGCGCUCGGACGAGCCGCGCCGGCUGGGGCAGCUGCUGGGCGGGGAGCUGCGCGCCCUGCGCGCCCGGCUGGAGGAGGCGCACGGGGAGCGAGCGCAGGCGAUGCUGGAGCGGGCGCGCCUGGCCGAGGAGACGCAGCGGCUCCGGGCGCGCUGCGAGGAGGAGGCGCGGAGCCGCGCCGAGGCGGAGCGGGCGCUGCGCUCCCGGCAGCAGGCGGCCGAGGCGGCCUCCCGCGCCCGCAUCGACCUGGAGCGGCGGGCGGCGGCGCUGCGGGAGGAGCUGGCCGAGAUGCGCAGCGCCCACGCCGAGCAGCUCGCCGAGCUGGGCGCCGCGCUCCCGGCCCCGGCCCCCGCCCCGGCCCCGCGGCCCGACCUGGCCGCGGCGCUGCGGGAGCUUCGAGCACAGUACGAGGCGCUGGCGGCCCGCAACCUGCAGGCGGCCGAGGACUGGUACCGCGCCCGCUGCGCCCGCCUGCACGAGCGGGCGGCCCGCAGCCAGGAGGCCGUGCGCGCCAGCCGUAGGGAGGCCGGCGAGUGCCGCCGCCAGCUCCAGGCGCGCCUAGUGGAGAUGGAGAGCCUGCGCGGCGCCCACCAGUCCCUGGAGAGGCAGCUGCAGGAGCUGGAGGAGCGGCACAACGCCGAGGCUGCCGGUCUGCAGGACACCAUCGGGCAGCUGGAGGAUGACCUGCGAAACACCAAAAAUGAGAUGGCACGGCACUUGAGGGAGUACCAAGACCUGCUUAAUGUCAAGAUGGCCCUUGAUAUUGAGAUAGCUGCCUACAGGAAGCUGCUGGAGGGAGAGGAGACCCUCUUCAACAUGGGAAGUGUUGGCCUUCCAGCGCUCAAUUCCCUCCCCAACCCCACUUACUCCUUUGAGCCAAGAAGCUUCAGUUCCUCUACUCUGUCCUUCAAGGAGGAGGAGCAAGGAGAGGUUAUUAAAGUGACCUCCAAAAUAUCAUCCAGCAGGGCUGAGGUGAUUGAGGGGACCAUAACCUCUGUCAAGAAAAGAGGGAGGUUAAACCUGCAUGGAGGAAUCACUGCAAAUGCAAAAAUGUAACCACUGGGACCCUAUUCAUGUACAUUUGAGGGGGAGCAGUCUCCACUCGGCCUUUAAAUUUCUCCUCUGGGCACGAAGCCACACUGGACUCGUGGGAAGCCCCCCUUAGAAACACAUAACUCCCCAGGGACACCAACCCAGGGACGGCUUCCCUGCGGGUCCUGCCACGCAGAGGCCGAGCUUGGCACACUGCUCCCUUUUAAAUGGGUUGGAGGCACAGCAGAACAGGUAGAUAGAUGCAUGUUGGUCAUUGUUGUGGUAGCACAUGGAUUCAUAGCACCCUCCCUCCCUCUUCCUGGGGCAGGUGAGGGGGAGCUGGCUGGGUCUGCUGCUGAGCCAGCUCUUUGGGGAGGGAAACAUGUUUACUGUCACUGGUUUCA